UUCCCUAUUGAAAGCAGGAGUUUUGCAAAGAGGGGAAGCUAAAGCCUUGCACCGAAUUAUCCUCGGAGUCCCAAACUCUCCGCUGUGCAGCAAAAGGGUUCAAGAGUGGGCAGAGACGCAGAUAUAUCCAAGGAUGAAGAUGGACUUUGAUUCAAGGAAGAUUCUAGGAUGGAGAUUUGUCCUUAUUUCUCUAUUUCUGGCCGAUUUGUCUUUGGAAGCAGAACCUCCCCAAUACUGUUACGGCAAUCCUGGGCUUCCCGGAGUGCCAGGCCCACCAGGCAAAGAUGGACGGGAUGGCCAGAAAGGAUCCAAAGGAGAGCGAGGUGUCCCAGGCAUUUUUGGAAACCAAGGUCCGAAGGGGGAGGCUGGACCUCCAGGUGUCCCUGGUUUGCCUGGAAAGAAUGGGCCACGGGGCCCAUCCGGACCUGCCGGAGACAUUGGUCUGGAGGGGGAGAAAGGCGAGCCGGGCGAGCCAGGCGGCUACAAGCGGACCCAUCAGUCAGCCUUCACGGUAAUGCGCCAGACGGGUCAGUACCCCGUGAAGAACGCCCCUGUGGUCUUCAACAAAGCCAUCACCAACACCAACCAAGACUACGACGUCACCACGGGCAAGUUCACCUGCCGCAUCCCAGGCGUCUACUACUUUGUCUACCAUGCCUCACAGACGGACAACCUCUGCGUCAACGUGUACCUGAACCGGGAGAAGGUGGCCAGCUUCUGCGACCACAUGACCAACCCUAAGCAAGUGAGCUCAGGAGGCCUCCUCCUCCAGAUGCAAGUGGGCCACCAAGUGUGGCUGGCAGUCAACGACUACAACGGCAUGGUGGGCAUCAGUGGGUCCGACAGUGUUUUCUCCGGUUUCUUGCUUUACCCAGAUUAGGGCCCGAAUCCGGUUGGUUGUCCCCACAACAGCCAACCCAUUUAAUCAAUGGCAAUGUGUUGAGUGGGUCUACUCUCACAAGUUUAAGUUCUUUAGAACUUCAAAGUUCACUUUCUCCUUCAGCUUCCUGUCCUCUAGUACUAGCAUGCUGCUGUUUUUUCCUUGUCAGCCAAUCCUCUAGUACUAGCGUGCUGUUGUUUUUUUCUUUGUCAGCCAAUCCUCUAGUACUAGCGUGCUGUUGUUUUUUUCCUUGUCAGCCAAUCCUCUAGUACUAGCGUGCUGUUGUUUUUUUCCUUGUCAGCCAAUCCUCUAGUACUAGCGUGCUGUUGUUUUUUUCCUUGUCAGCCAAUCCUCUAGUACUAGCGUGCUGUUGUUUUUUUCCUUGUCAGCCAAUCCUCUAGUACUAGCGUGCUGUUGUUUUUUUCCUUGUCAGCCAAUCCUCUAGUACUAGCGUGCUGUUGUUUUUUUCCUUGUCAGCCAAUCCUCUAGUACUAGCGUGCUGUUGUUUUUUUCCUUGUCAGCCAAUCCUCUAGUACUAGCGUGCUGUUGUUUUUUUCCUUGUCAGCCAAUCCUCUAGUACUAGCGUGCUGUUGUUUUUUUCCUUGUCAGCCAAUCCUCUAGUACUAGCGUGCUGUUGUUUUUUUCCUUGUCAACCAAUCCUCUAGUACUAGCGUGCUGUUGUUUUUUUCCUUGUCAGCCAAUCCUCUAGUACUAGCGUGCUGUUGUUUUUUUCCUUGUCAGCCAAUCCUCUAGUACUAGCGUGCUGUUGUUUUUUUCCUUGUCAGCCAAUCCUCUAGUACUAGCGUGCUGUUGUUUUUUUCCUUGUCAGCCAAUCCUCUAGUACUAGCGUGCUGUUGUUUUUUUCCUUGUCAGCCAAUCCUCUAGUACUAGCGUGCUGUUGUUUUUUUCCUUGUCAGCCAAUCCUCUAGUACUAGCGUGCUGUUGUUUUUUUCCUUGUCAACCAAUCCUCUAGUACUAGCGUGCUGUUGUUUUUUUCCUUGUCAGCCAAUCCUCUCGUACUAGCGUGCAGACCUCUAGAUCUGAAUGUUUCAACAGCAACAAAUCGGUGACCUAGAUGGGACUUUGUCUUGCUCAGAAUGGAUCACAUUGGCCAAUAGUGCUGUGCAAAGCUUCGGAGGUCUGUUACGUAAUAUGGAGAUUCGUAUCACUCAUUAAUACAAAUCUCCAAAUUACCAAUCGGAACGGGAUACCCUCCGAAGCAUUCCAAAACAAAACGGAAGCCUCCAAAACGUUUCAGAGAAAUUAGUUAAGAUUUGUUGUUUCAGAGCGGUCCAAGUUGUAAUUGCUUAUAUUUUUCUUGUAAAAACUUUUUUUAAAUUCCUAAAAUUUCAAUCAUCUUUGGGCUGAAAUGGGCAGGAUAAAAGUGACGUAAAUAAAAUAAAUAAAUAAAAACAGUAGGUGAACUAAUCUUUUGGAAACGUUGCGGGAUUGAUGUUCUGCUUAUGUUGUCUCGUUGUGGAGAAAUUCAAGAGGGAAAAUUACUUUCAAAAAUUCCUUAAAAUCAGUGGAUGACUGAAACAUUCCAAAUCUUGGCAGAUAUAUUUCCCCGGCUUCCUGCCGUGAUUCUUCACUCACCAACAGAUGCAGGUUUUCAGUCCACACACUGGUCAGCAACUCAGCCACUUUCUCCGCUGCAGUCAGGCCGUUCCAGUCUCCUCCACCAGUAACCUUCUGAGCCAACUGGGUUGACUCCCCGGUUCUGGUCAGCAAGCUUCCAGGUCUUGCUGGACUCUGUUGGGUUAGGGACUGGGCCCAUAACCGAUUGUCAGAGUUUGGGGGGUGCGCAGCAGAAGGUUUGCUAGAUCAACAGACACUGUGCUCCAUAAAUCAGGACUCUGCAGUCUUUCAGUUACAAAAGAAACUAAGUUUUACUAAGUACGAAUAAGACACGUCUUAACACAGCGAGCUACAAACAGGAACUAGUGGGAAACGAAACUCUCUCUGCACACCUGCUUAUCUCUCUUCACUCUGCUGAGACAAAAUACUUCCUUCUGUUCUCAGCAGAAGCAUACAUUAUCUCAUUGCUUUCAAGGUUACACACUCACAGCCUCAAUAGACAUUCUGCACAGCAAUUUCUAAUACAUAAGUGAAUCCACCUUGAAAUACAUAGAAGCACAUUGAAAAACCAUACCUAUAACUAAAUUAAUCCUGACAGAUUUGUGAUUGACAGGGCUGAUGUGAUUGACAAAGGCAUGCUGUUGUUUUUUUCCUUGUCAGCCAAUCACACGGCUUCCUGCAAAACUGUCUCCCCUCCUCAGUGACUGUGCUGAAGCCCCCAGUGGUGCAAUGAGUUAAACCUUUGUGCCAGCAGGACUUGCUGAGCAAUAGGUCAGCGGUUCAAAUCUGGGGGAUGUGGAUUGAGCUCCCUCUGUCAGCUCCAGCUCCCCAUGCAGGGACAAGAGAGAAGCCUUCCAUGACGAUGGUUAAACAGCCUGAUGGUACCAUCAACAGUGCCCAAGGGGUGUCCGAGGCUGGGAGCAAUGGAGGUGGAGAGGAGGAGAAGGCUGCCGCCGAGUGUGUGGAGCAUCCCUGCUUCACAGAUUUUCGGACAGAUUAGUAAAGAUUUGUUGUUUCAGAGCAUUUCAAGCUGGAGUUUAUUCUCAAUGUACUAUACUCCCUUAUUGUCUGGGGUGGGUGGAGGCAAGUGGGCUGAUGUGAUUGACAAUGGCAACUGCAUGCUGUUGUUUUUUUCCUUAUCAGCCAAUCACACAGCUUCCUACAAAACUGUCUCCCCUCCUCAGAGACUGUGUUGAGGCCCCCAGUGGUGCAAUGAGUUAAACCCUUGUGCCGGCAGGACUUGCUGAGCAAUAGGUCAGCGGUUCAAAUCUGGGGAAUGUGGGUUGAGCUCCUUCUGUCAGCUCCAGCUCCCCAUGCAGGGACAAGAGAGAAGCCUUCCAUAAGGAUAGUUAAACAGCCUGAUGGUACCAUCAACAGUGCCCAAGGGGCCUCCGAGGCUGGGAGCAAUGGAGGCGGAGAGGAGGAGAAGGCUGCCGCCGAGUGUGUGGAGCAUCCCUACUUCACGGAUUUUCAGACAGAUUAGUAAAAAUUUGUUUUUUUCAGAGCAUUUCAAGGUGUAGUUUUUCUCAAUGUACUACAUUAUUGUCUGGGGUCAGUGGAGGUGAGGGGACUGAUGUGAUUCACAAUAGCAACUGAGUGCUGUUUUUUUUCCUUGUCAGCCAAUCACACAGCUUCCUGAAAACUGUCUCCCCUCAGUGUCUGUGUUGAACCCCCCAGUGGUGCAAUGAGUUAAACCCUUGUGCCAGCAGGACUUGCUGACCAGCCUGACAGUACCAUCAACGGUGCCGAAGGGGCCUCUGAGGCAGGGAGCAAUAGAGGCGGAGAGGAGGAGAAGGCUGCCGCCAAGUGUGCGGAGCAUCCCUACUUCAUGGAUUUUUGGACAGAUUAGUAAAGAUUUGUUGUUUCAGAGCAUUUCAAGCUGGAGUUUAUUCUCAAUGUACUAUACUCCAUUAUUGUCUGGGGUGGGUGGAGACAAGGGGGCUGAUGUGAUUGACAAUGGCAACUGCAUGCUGUUGUUUUUUUUCCUUGUCAGCCAAUCACGCGGCUUCCUACAAAACUGUCUCCCUUCCUCAGUGUCUGUGUUGAAGCCCCCAGUGGUGCAAUGAGUUAAACCCUUGUGCCAGCAGGACUUGCUGACCAGCCUGACAGUACCAUCAACGGUGCCCAAGGGGCCUCUGAGGCAGGGAGCAAGAGAGGCGGAGAGGAGGAGAAGGCUGCCGAGUGUGCAGAGCAUCCCUACUUCACAGAUUUUCAGACAGAUUAGUAAAUAUUUGUUUUUUUCGGAGCAUUCCAAGCUGUAGUUUUUCUCAAUGUACUAUACUCCAUUAUUAUCUGAGGUGGGUGGAGGCGAGGGGGCUGAUGUGAGUGACAAUGGCAACUGCAUGCUGUUGUUUUUUUCCUUGUCAGCCAAUCACACAGCUUCCUGCAAAACUGGCUCCCCUCCUCAGUGUCCGGUGGCGCAAUGAGUUAAACUCUUGUGCCAACAGGACUUGCUGACUGACAGGUCAGCGGUUCGAAUCUGGGGAGAGCAAGUUGAGCUCCCUCUGCCAGCUCCAGCUCACCAUGCAGGGGCAUGAGAGAAGCCUCCCACAAGGAUGGUAAAACAACAAUGUUUAAGUCGCAUUGACCGACCAUCUGCGCAGGGUUCCAUACUUCUCACUUCAACAACACAACCGUUCAAUGCGAAGGCUUUCGGCCAAAAUGGAACUGUAGAGGAAAGUCUACUGAACAAGCCAGUACCUGCCGUAUACCAGUACUGCCAUCUUUUGAGGAGUUACGAAGGUGGAGGCAUUGCUUUUCUCUCAACAGUCGUAGAGAGUGUCCAAUGUGCAUCAUUCCUGAUGUGCAACAUUCACCUUGCUGAUUCCUUUACGUGUUGCCCUUUUGCUGAAUACGAAUAUUGCAAAAAUGCUCGAUUCGAUUUCCCAGAGCCCUUGUCCCUAGAUGUAUAUCUGAAUUACAGCCAAUGUUUUCCUACUCGUGUUCUCAAAAUGUUCAAUAAACGUGUUCUUUGCUUCCUUUCA